UACAGAAAAGAACAAAAAAUCAUGCAAAUCAGGUUUCCACCUCUCGUCUGAUUAAUUUUGACAACUCUAAUCCCACAGAUUAGAUGAACCGUCACAGCUGUCGUUGCAUCAGGUCUUAAAACCUGAACACUGAGGAACCCGUGGUAGUUUUCAGCUGUAGCGGUUAGCUCAGUUAGCUCAGCUAGCUCAGUUAGCUCAGUUAGCUCAGUUAGCAGCUAGCAGCAGCAGCAGCAGCACUUCGUCAUUUCUUGAUAAAAACUGGUGUGGCGGUUCACUGCAUGCACGGUCAUGGAAGAACAGGGACGAUGCUGGCCUGCUACCUGGUGAAGACCAGGAAGCUUUCUGGCCUCGACGCCAUCAAGGAGAUCCGCCGAAUGCGACCCGGUUCCAUAGAAACUUCCGAACAGGAGAAGGCAGUGGUUCAGUUUUACCAGCGCACUAAAUAACUUUUAUUAUUAUCAAAAGGUAUCAGUUCUGCUCAGCAAAUCAUUUCCAGAUAAUAAACAUAGACUAGGUUGUUGUGCCUUGAUGACUCCAAAAAUGUACUUUAUUUUCUAUCAUUUUGAAAAUCUAUAAAAAAAACUGAUCAUAUAGUUUUUACUGUGGAAGAAAAAGUUAGUAAAUGAAAAUACUGUUUUACAUGCUACAGAUCUAAGGCCUGGUUCACACAGGAGCAGCAUUUUGAGGAGGCGUGGAAGUUGUUUUUACUGGUUCAGGCAUGAGUCCAUCUGAAAACAGCUGUUUAGGAGCUUCUGUGGUUUUUAAAAACUUGGUUUCAGGGAGAGAAAAUGUUGAAAUAACUUAUGUUUUAAUGUGGACCGCCUCGUCACAGCCUUUAGAAAAUCGUGAUGUCAUAUACCCUCCUCUAACCUAAACUAUGACUGACACAACAACAACAACAACAACAACAACAACUACAGAUUACAUCCUGUAGAGCUGCAAACCUUCAUUCACUCUAUGACUUUAACAGAUAAUAAUGUUACAUUGAAUACAACACUUUAUUAAACCAAAUAAUCUAAAACCAAAA